AGUGGAGUGACCGUGUGAAGUGUGCUGUACAGUGCUCCGAGCUAUUGUAGGUAUAUAUAAGACAAGUGCCGUGUUACAAACAGGUUCUCGUCUAUACUGCCGCCCUCUGUGUCUGUUCAGAAAUACAGUUACCACUGAUAUCAGUUCAACCAAGUGGAGAAGCCUGCAUUAUUGCCUGUGACGUGUUGGAAUUAUUAUAGUUUUAUCGCAAAAGAAGUAAUACGUAUAUAAUACAAACUGGUUAAGUGUUUGUUGUGUUAAUAAAAGGCACAGUGGUUUAAAAACCAGAAUUCUGGAAGAAACUGGCUGACGUGUAUAAGAGGUACAGUGGUCUAAACAACCAAAUUCUGGAACAAACUGGUUGACGUGUUUUUUUGUUGUUGUUUGAAGUACAUUGCAUGGUAUAGAUAGCAGUGAAAAACGGUAUUAAAUGGUGAAGAAGAACGAAACUACAAUUUUAUGAAUCAAGACUGGAACCUAGCAAACGCUUAACCGUGAACAAUUUCUUUUAAGUGCACUUUUCUUUUAUUCAGUGUUUCUUCCAUUUGUGCAUCACUUUUUCAUUUAGGAAAAUGUCAACAGAACUUGUCACCGACAGCAUGUCUGUCCUUGUUGUGUUGGUAACCGUUUUACUAAGUGUGUGGUGGUAUACACGACGACCUAGCGACAUUCCCCCAGGACCAUGGUUGACCCUCCCCGUCUUUGGUAACUUCUUCCAGCUGGGAAGACACCCAGUGAAAUCACUUAGAGAACUGAGGAAGAAGUAUGGGGACGUGUUUAGCGUCUAUUUUGGAUCCCGCUUGGCGAUCUUCAUUAACGGGUUCGAUAACAUAAAAGAAGUAUUGGUGAAAAAAGCAGAUGUAUUCUCAGACCGACCGCACAUGUUUACAUUGGAUAUGAUUUCCAAGGACAUGGGGAUUCUUGGUUCCAACGGACUGAUCUGGAAAGAGCAGAGAAAGCUAGCUUUGGUGACGCUCAAGAAUUUGGGAAUGGGGAGGAACAUUCUACAAGAAAAGAUUCAGGUGGAGAUAACUGCAUUGGUUACAGAACUGACAAAAACGAAAGGCGACGCUAUCGAUUUGCGCCACAUCGUCUGUACAUCGGUCAGCAAUGUCAUUUCGUCUAUGGUUUUUGGCAAGAGGUUUGAAUUUGAUGAUCCAAAAUUUGUCCAGUUUUUGAAAGUGUCGGAGGAGAGUAUAUCAAUACCUAUAGUCAUUGCAUUCUUCCCCUUCUUGCGCUUUCUUCCUGGCGACCCAUUUCGAUUCAAACACAUAGCACACGACGUUGACAGGGUGUUGACAGACCUGGUGGACACCUCGCUGGAGGACCACAUCAUCAACUACGACGACGACAACAUCAACGACUUCAUCAGCGCAUACAUCAAGGAGAUGAAAGCCGUGGAGAAACUUGGGAAUACGAAAAGCAGCAUCGACAGAGAAAACCUGCGGAUGACAAUCUGGAAUUUGUUCAUUGCCGGGACGGAAACCACGGCAACAACGAUCCGUUGGAUAGUGCUGUACUUCCUCCACUUCCCAGAGAUCCAGGAGAAGUGUUUCGCUGAGAUCCAGAAGGUUGGAUACGAGAGGGAAAUAUCUCUGAAAGACAAGCCGGAGCUUCCGUACUUGGAGGCGACCAUUUUGGAGACGCUGCGUUAUGCCGACAUCGUGCCUUUGGGCAUACGCAGUACUUCGAGCGAGGUGACGUUCAAAGGCUUCAGAAUACCUAAGGAUACCAUCAUCAUGCCCGUUAUCGAUUCUGUCAUGUCUGAUCCGGAAAUCUGGGGCGACCCCGAGAACUUCCGACCAGACCGGUUUCUCGAUGGAAAUGGACGCGUCGUUAAACCGGAAGCUGUGAACGUCGCCUUCGCGGUCGGACCGAGGAAUUGUCUGGGGGAAUCAUUGGCCAGAAUGGAGUUGUUUCUCUUCAUGGCGACCAUGAUACAGAAGUUUGAAUUCGUCAAAGCGGAGGGGUGUUCCCUGCCCACGAUGGAAUCCGUGUACGGUGUUACUCAGGCUCCACAGCCGUACAAUGUAAGAGUUGUUUUGAGAGAAGGACUAUGAGUUAAUUUCAAAGAUGUCAAGACUCUCUUCAGUUUCAAUGUCAAAACUUUUGUCAGUUUCAGUGUCAAGACUUUCGUGAAUUUCAGUGUUAAAGCCUUCGGGAGUUUCAGUGUCAAGACGAUCGUUAGUUUCAUUGUCAAGACCUUCAGGACUUUAGUGAGUUUCAAUUUCAAAACUUUCGUGAGUUUCAGUGUCAAGACUGUCAUGAAAUUCAAUGUCAAUAUUUUCGUGAGCUUCAAUGUCAAAGACUUUCGUCAGUUUCAACGUCAAUUUUUUUUAUGAGUUUAAUAUCAAGACUUUCGGGACUUUCAAUGUCAAGGCUUUCGAGAAUAAACUGUGGUACAGUUUUAACACGUUAACAAAAGAGUAAUUAAUCAACUUUCUUCUUUACUAACAUAAAAGGAAUUUGCUUUAUAUAACUUAGUUGGUGUGAACAGAAAUACAACUAAUUUGUGUGUAUAUAUUACAGUAAAAUGGUGUAACCGGUCAUUUCACAGAAUCCCUGAAAUUAGCAAAACACUAGUACUACCGUAUAUUGUUUGUUAUUAGAAACGUUUCCGAUAAUUGAAAUCAAACAUUACUUAGAUUUUAUUGAAUAGGUUAUCCAUUUCCAGACAUCGGAAUGUUUCUGGUCAUCCUGGCGUUUUUAAUACCACGAAAAGCAUUUUUCAAUAUUUAAAAAAACGCACAUCAGUGUUUCUACCAAAAAGAUAUGGUAUGGCGCUAUGGAAAUGGAUGCAACCACAGUCAACAGUGGGUAUGGGACGCCUCCCCCAGAAAGAAAAUGGGUUAAGUUUAGGGUUAGGGUUAAGAAAAUCAUACAGUAAUGAUAAGAGUAAUUAAUUUUGUCAAAAGGUUAACUUUUUUUUUUAAAUCUGCAAAACAAUUUAGGUAUGGUGCCAUACUCAUUUUACCCUCUGGAGGAAACCGCACAUACAUCUGAGAAGUAACGGUUAUGGACUCUGGAGACGUGAUCUAGCCUACUCUUUAAGGGUAUUUCCCAGUUUUAACGUCAGUUUUGUUUCACACUAUCAUACUUUUAUUCUAAUGUAUUACAGGUUUGCAGAUUAAACAAACUUAUUGACCAUUUUCAUGGUCGGAAACUAGGGUCUGUGACUUUAAUACCAUCCUAAUUCUUCUCUGGUUGUAUCUGUGAUUUGUGUUUAUAUAUGUUUUAAAGGCUAUGUUCUGUAGUUGUACUUUAACAUACCGUAUUCGUAGCAUUUGAGUAUUUAGUGGCCUUCAAUUGAUUAGCUUUUAUAUUUUGGUUCACUUCUUGUAUUGCAUGUGUCUUAAUUAAGUCUUUGUACAAACCAUAAUUAUGGAACUUUACUAACGUUAAAUCAAAUUAAAUAAAUAAUACAUUAUU